AUGCGCUUCGAAAACUUCCCCCUGCCAGACAGAACACCUCCGGGGAAUGUGAGGGUGGAGAUCAAGGCCGUGGGAAUUUGUGGGAGCGACGUUCACUACUGGCGAAAGGGUCGCAUAGCGGAUUUUGUGCUGACGGAUCCCAUGGUGAUCGGUCACGAGUCUGCUGGGACUGUUGUGGAGGUUGGCGAUGAUGUGACGCGAUUAAAAGUGGGAGAUCGUGUUGCUUUAGAGCCAGGGGUGCCCUGUUGGUCCAACCCUGCCUGUAGGGAAGGAAGAUACAACCUUGACCCAGACAUCCGCUUCUUUGCCACUCCGCCACACCACGGCUCCCUUGCACAGUUCGUGGACCACCCAGCAGACUUCUGCUUCCGUUUGCCAGAGCACCUGACACACGAGGAGGGCGCGAUGGUGGAACCGCUGUCUGUGGGCGUGCAUGCUGUGCGCCGCGCCGGCGUCUCUCCCGGCAAGACUGUCGCCAUCAUGGGCGCCGGCCCCAUUGGGCUGAUGACGCUGAUGGCAGUGAAGGCGUUUGGCGCGGACGCGGUGGCAAUCACGGACAUCAAGCGCGACAAUCUGGACCUGGCCAUGAAGCUGGGCGCUGACGUGGCGCUUAACCCCGACCGCGACGCCGCGCCGCAGGAAGUUGCCACCUGGAUGCGCGCCGCCCUGCCGCCCAACGGACCUGACAUUGUCAUCGACUGCGCCGGCUUUGAGCCCACUCUGCAGGCCUCAAUCUACUCUGUGAUCUCGGGAGGCAAGGUCAUCUCGGUGGGCAUGGGCUGCGAUCAUGCGCACCUGCCCCUGUCCACCAUCAACUGCAAGGAGAUCGACCUCAUGGGCUCCUUCCGCUACGCCAACACGUACCCGCUGUGCCUCAACCUGAUGGCCAGCAAGAAGGUGGAUGUGAUGCCGCUCAUAACUCACCGCUUUGGCUUCAGCCCAGAGGACGUGGCAGCUGCAUUCGACUGCGCCGCGCGCUCUGCUGAGACACGCGCCAUUAAAGUCAUGUUCAACCUGCCCUGAGAGCCUGAGUUAGCUGGCAGCCAUCGGCACAGCAGUGCCUUUAAGAGGUGGCACCGGGGAAAUCACGCUACCAAGGGGGGAUAUGACUUAGAAGAAAGCAGCACUGUCAUGUAUUGUGAUGAGUGCAGCGUAGGACACAGGGCUGCACAUGCCAACAAGCGGGAGUCUCUCUCUUUUCUCUUAUGUACCACCACUAGCGCGGCACUUUCUUUUGAGGACUGUCACCAUAGUGAAAGCCUUUACCGACAGCAGGAAGCCUUUUCUGCUGCCAACAAGGCAUCCUUUGCAGGAACUUUGUGGGUGCCUUCGCUGUACUUAUGCCUUCAGCAGCAGCUGCUGGCUGAGAGGCACCUUCCUCCGCCAUUGGAGCUUGUUUCAUGUGACCGAUAGACAUCACUGCUCAAAAGAAUGACGCGGUAUAGACUUCCGGGGUCUAUGAUACGAGGAUGGGAUUUGACUAAUGACAGGGAGGUUUUCUCACCUGAUGGAUGAUGCUCUCACCUGAUUGACAAACUGGGCUUGUUGGGGCUUCAAAGGGUCUAUCUUUGUACAGUGUCUGCAUGGCGGCUAUGAGCUAUAAAAUGAAGCCGGUAGGCGCUUAUGGCAAGCAAGAUGACAUGUGGUGGUGAAG